UGGGAUCCAGCAAUGAAAGAGUUACUGUGGUGGGUGUUUGCACAUCUGUCAGAUUUUAGGCUUGUGAGGUGUGGAAGCAGGAAAGCGUAGUGUUUGGGACUAAAAUCGAUGAGACUUAGCUGUGGGCUGGGAGUGGAAGCAAGCAGGGUACUGAUCUCUGAGCGAGAGAGAGACAAGAGAGACAGUAUCACAAUAGGGCAGAGGCUGGAGGAGACGUCCAAGAGCUGCGCUGCAGUCCAGCCCUGGGUUGUUCAACCUCACAGCCAGGAGAGCAAGCUCACAAAACUCAGCUGUCUCUGAAAAGGGGGAGGACCGGCCCUGAUUGACAUCUCAUUUGCACAUGAAGAUCUGUGCUUAAGACAGGUCCUAAUGAAGGAGCAGGCUCACUUUUGAAGGAUAGACCAAAGCAAGCUGAUCUGUGUGCUUUUGCCUGAAACAGACAGCCCCAGCAAUAGGUAAGAUUUUCAGUUUCUUUGCUUUCCAUACUAUCUCCAUAGCUUCACUGCUUGGAUGGAAUUCGGGAUUUAAAAAGAAAAAACAAAAAAACAAAUCGGUGAAUUGUGCCAGUGACUCAAGAAGGAUCACAUUAACUGAUAAAGGACGCGGUAUCGAAAGCGCCUGGGCUCUUUUCAGGAACGCGGCAAACAAACAAUGAAUUGGGUUGUACGAGGUUGCUAAUCAGAAAAGGGCGAAAGACAAAAGCCAGUGGCGAUCCAAGGCAAGUACCAUCUUUGUACUGAUACGAGUAGUCAUUUACUGGGACAUUCAGCUGGGUUUCUCUCGCAGUCAAUUUAGAGUAGAGAUUAAUGACCACGAUUAGAUAAAGAGGAGGAUGCGAUAGCCUGAAGACAUGAAUGUCCAGUUGGGUUUGCAGAACAGCCAAGACAUGUCUAGCUCAGACCACGAGCUAAUGCACAGUCAAGGUAGGACUUUACAUCCACCUGUCCCUAGAUCCUCCUUGGUGUCCAGCAUGACCUCUGUAUUGGAUGGAGGGGACUAUCACCGCUCAGAUCACCACCUGGCUGCCUCUCUGCACCCCGGCAUUGGAUUUGGGGGUGAUUCCCCUCCAGCAUCAGCCAACAGUUACACAACACUGACUCCGUUGCAGCCUCUACAUGAUAAGUUCCAUCAUCACCAGCAUCACCAGUGUGUGCCAGUUGGCAACGUUAUUGGAAGUUUUACUCUAAUGAGAGAGGAUAGAGGCUUGGGGCCACCAAGUAACUUUUACAGUCACUAUCCCAAAGACAUAAGCAUGGGGCAAAGUCUUUCUUCUUUGCCUAGUCCCAAUCUCACCACCAUGCACAGUUAUGGUCAUCCUUCUGGACACUUAGCUAACGAAAAGAUGGUCUCUGGGAACGGUUUUGAGGCCCACCACAGUAUGUUUAGCAGAAUUGACCAGCACUUUUCAAGGGAGUUGUCCCCACCUCCGUCUUCAGGAGUGGGGUCACCUAACUCCAUGCACCAACACCAUUAUGUACACCACAGGCCCGAAAUCAACUGCAGGCAGAAUCCUCCCAUGCAGACGCAAAACACAGCAAUCUCCAACCAACUGGAAGAAAUUAAUACCAAAGAUGUUGCCCAAAGAAUCAUAGCAGAACUGAAACGAUACAGCAUACCCCAGGCUAUCUUUGCCGAGAGAGUCUUGUGUAGAUCACAAGGGACUCUCUCGGACCUUCUAAGGAAUCCCAAACCUUGGAGCAAGCUAAAGUCUGGGAGAGAAACCUUUAAAAGGAUGUGGCGGUGGCUUCAAGAACCAGAGUUCCAGAGAAUGGCAGCUUUAAGGUUAGAAGCCUGCAAAAGGAAAGAGCAAGAGCAAAGCAAAGCCGAAAGAAAUCACGUACCUAAAAGGCACCGCCUGGUCUUCACUGACAUCCAGCGACGCACCCUGCAUGCCAUCUUUCAUGAGAAUCAGCGGCCGUCCAAGGAGCUACAGAUCACUAUUGCCCAGCAGCUAGGACUGGAGCUUUCCACCGUCAGCAACUUCUUCAUGAAUGCCCGCCGAAGAAGCCUGGACAAAUGGAUGGAUGAGGGUCAUGGGCGUCCACCAUCUUCAGGCUCUUUGGUGUCCAAAACUGGCUCAGCCAUCGCUUGCACUAAAGCAUGAGAAAAUUUGCCAAUAUUGCUAAUAACCAAAGAUAGGAGCAGCUUAGCCAUCAUCCUCAUAUGUUUCCCACCAAUUCAGAAAGACUUUAUACAAGGUGACUUGUUAACAUAUGAGUAAAUGGCUGGGGCUCUCCAUCUGCCAUCUUGUACCUCCUUAAAUGGGAUAUUGUGGGUAUUGACCUGUCUUUUCUUGUUUGAUUUCGUUUUUCAUAAGGCGUCAACAGGACAAACAGGUACAGGUUAUACAGGUUAAGAGUUUCCCGGCCCCCCAUGCCGUUUUAAUUCCUAAUAAGGAAGACAGUCAUGACUAAGACUUCCCUUGUCGCCAAUGACUAGGGCUACCCAGCUUGGAGUUCUCCCUUUUCUCAGUGAGACACCAUUUGGGAGGAAGCAAUGGCCAAUCAAUUUAGAGGUUAAGAAUAAAGGUCUGGAAUGGCCUUUACUGUCGCAAUGAAUCAUGGUUCUCAUACCUCAGCUUUGUAAACUUUCCUCCAUUGUGUGUCCUCAAGGGUUAUUAUAAAGAGUUGUGAAACACAGGUUUGAGUUACAAUGGAAUUCAUGGAAGUUCCAUAUUCAAUAGGCAACUGGUUUGGGCAGAUACCCCAAGGUCCAUUGUCUGGCCAAUGCUAAACUGACCCAUACUGUUAUAUAAAUAUAAGGAUAUGACAAGUUCUGCUUUGAAUAUAGAUCUGUCCCAUAAUCUGCACAAUUUCAUAUUACUGGUAUCUAAGCUGUAUUCUGAACUAUGUGAUGCUCACAGCCAGUGUGAUAUUUGUACUGUAGAGCUCUGUAAAUGAUCAUGCCAUAAUCCAUCAUGUAAGUGCUGUUGUGAAAUGGUUGGGCACCAAUCCCAAGGCUUGACCAAAGCUGAAAGUAUGGGACAAUAAUAAGACAUAAUAAGGAAGCCCCAAAAAGCCCUAUGUGGCCCUUUGGGUAAAGAUGUAGUACCCCCCCUUCAUUGAACAUAUAUUUUGCGGGGGUUUCCAUUCAAGAAAACACUCUAGCAGUUAUACCAUUUCAAACAUCAGUUGUUUUGUAAUGGAGUAGUUUCUAAAAAAAGGCUAGUUUCUUAUUUGAAUCAAUUGGAAGAGCACUUUGAAGUAACAUUCAGGUUUUUGGCUUCAAGCCCUAUUUUGUGGGACAAAAUAUAUUCAGGCCUCCUUAGCUUAUUAAACCUUUUAAAGGUGUCAGUUGUACAACUAGGAAAGGAAUUGGAAAAUAACAUAGUUGGGUAUCAAGAAGGAACAAUAUUUUUCACCAUAAGUCCCAGGUACUUUUGGGUAUUGUAGAGAUUCUCUGUAGGAAGCAAAUGUUUCUGUUGUGUUUGCCGUAGGCUCUAGAAGCAAUUCAAACAAACCUUUGAUCAUGUUGAACGUUCAUGUUUCAGACAAACUCACUUACCCAGAAUCAUCUGUUUUAUUUCUGACCGGAUCAUAAGGUAUUGGUCUGGGAUGUAUGGAGGGUCAAGGUGUUCCCUUCACAUGUGUUUCUCAAUUGCACUUCUAACCUUCUACUUACUAGAUCCCAUAGAUUCAUUGUGAUUGAAGUGGCACCCAGACUGAGUCACUUAUAUUAUGUUACUACCUCCUAUGCCAAAGAAUCAAACCAAAAACAAGGCUGUAUGUAAUGGGGGUAUGUAAGUGCAGCACUCAGUGACCACCAGUUGGCAAGUGUGUGGAACAUCUCAACUUAUCUUCUCAGUGCAUCUUCUUAUUGUCUUUAAAAUGUUGGCACAAAAACUACUAUACCAAAUACAUCACACUGAGAUAAACCAACCAAAGAACUAAGUUUCUUAACACAUUUCCAGAAUGUCAUUGUUAGCCUUAGGGAAGUUCCUAGUUUCCAUCUGCUUAGAGCCAGGCCUAACUAAAGUAUGUUUAUUACUCCAGGUCUUAAUAAGGGCAAUAAUGAAUUUGACCUUCUCCCAAACACUUUCUUCCCCUACCUUCCAUCUCCCUUCCAUCCUUCAGCUAUGAUAUCAUAAAUGAAAACAUAAACAGCCUAUUGAUUGUAGUAUUGACCUGUUUCAUAUGAUGCUAUCAGGUAGUACAGAUGGAAAUGGCUGUUUACGUGGAGAAAUGUAAUGUUAAACCGAAGUAGGAUUAUCCCAUUACUCUGUAUGGAUGAGUCAAUAAAAUAUGUUUAUACUGCUGAGCAUUUUAUCUGCACCUAAUAGCUUCAUAUUAGGGGCUGCCUGGGUGGAGAUAAACUGCCGUAUGCUCAUUAUAACAAGGAGAGUCUGGGGUGAGGUCCCCAAUUUGUGUGGGGGAUUCAACUGAGGAACCACAGGAAAUGCAGGCAUGAAGGGAUCUUUUCAAAUCAAAGUCAUGGUAGGUAAAUAGAAGAGAAUACUUAUGACACACGUACAGGUCUUGAAUCCAGAUGUAGUCUAUUGUGGCAUCACUCGUUACGUAUUUGUCUCUUCUCAGGAAACACAGUAAAGACACGCUAACCUCAGAAAUAUUCUCUGCCUCCUCUGUAAGCAAUAUGCUAGAAAUAUUUGAAAAAUACUAUUCAUUUAUUUAUUGAAAGGAGGACUGGCCUACCAGAGGAUCUCCCGGUGGCCCCUAGUAUAGGAGAAUUUCCAUCAGCCCAUUCUUAUUUCCACUGUGGGCCUGAAUAAAAACCCAUAUCAGUCUGUCUAUAUCUAAUAGCAGGCUCAGAGCGAUAGGUUCUUUGGUGGGUCUAGGAGACCCAGCCUGACACUUCUGCCGUUCAACUCCAACUUUGGCACACUGGGGGGGGGGCACUGCACCAUGUAAAUCUUAAACACUAACCUCUUGAUUUUUCUGCUACUUGAUUACAGAAGACAAAAGGGUUAGCGUGCCUUUAGUUAUGCUACAGAACACUAGCUGUGGAUUCAAGUUAGUUUGUCCAAUAAUGUUAAUUCCAGCACAGAAAUGGACAGUAGGAUAAGAACGUUUGCUUUGAUAAAGGUUUUACAACAGAAUUAGAACGUAUGUCAUGAAGACCGAGGCAUGGAACAUACUGGCACGUGGUACUCACAUUCCAUCUGUCACAUGUUCAGUCGCAUCAUUAAGAACAUCUGUAUAUUUUAAAAUGCUCAUAAAUAUAAAAAAAAUAAGAAUAUAUGUUAAUACACUUACAAUAAAAUCUCUACCUCGUUUUGGGGAUCUCAAAACAAAAAAAACGAUAGUCUUAACGGGUAUUUGUUAUAUGAUAAUAUGGGCUCUUCUUGCUAAUUUUAAAGAACUAUAUAUAUAUAAGUUAUUUGCUGAACUGGCAAGAGGCAGCCAUUUUGAACUUAAAGUGUCAGGGUUGGAUGUCACCUUGGGAAAUUCCUGGUGGUUUCAUCUCUGUUGCUUCUGGUUGUUCUGUUGCUGUUAUUGUGGUCUCAGUCUGCCUGGGACCUGUGAAUGACAAAGGCACUUGUUGUGCAGUACAUCCUCCAUAUCUCUUUUCUACAUUUAGUUCAGGCAUAUACAUCUCAGAAAGCAUUUUACCUUUUGGGACAGCCAUUUUGCUUCAUGAUUUCGACUCUUAAAGAUAACCCUUAUAUGUUCAUUCAUGAAUACGUUUUCUUCAUUGCCUGUUGGUUAAACAAAUGUGGAAUGAAACCGUUUUCCAUAGGUCGAUUAGCUUGUACCAUAUGGAAAAUACGAUGUUACCAUAGAGACGUGGUCAUUCCCUCACCGCAACUGACCCAGGGCACUUUCAACUUUUACCAAUAACGGCUUUCAACUUUCACCAAACAAUGGUUAUGUUGGGCGAGGCCCCUCCCAAGUCUAGGACUAAAGGAUGAUUUGAAUGUCUUUACACAACCUUAUUUCCCUAUGGAUCUGCAUGGGUUAUAAAGGAGGUUUUUUUGGAACUAGAGAACAAAACGACCCUUUGAACCAAAACUGUACAUAAAUGGACUGACUACUGAUUUAAUAUUCUGCUGUUAAAAACCCGACACCACGCAGAAGAUUGCUAUAUUUGUAUGAAAAUGAUGUGUUAUUUAUUUAUUUAUCUUUUUUUUUUUUAUUUAUUAUUCUUCUUGCCUUUCAGCCUGUGGGCUCUGCUAUGAAGGGAGACAAUUUAAAGAACCUUCUUUUAACUGAAACCAAAGAUAUUACAAAGCGGAAAGCAUAAGCGUGUGUGACAAUUAAACGUAAGCAACGGUUUAGCACGGGGGGUCGGACGCUAGAAAACAGGGUGGCUUUAGGAGAUGCAGGAGAUCUUCAUUUUUAAUUAGGGGUGAUCCUAAGGGUGAUCACAAGCCAAUAGAUACAAAUGGAUUAGCAGAUACCCUGUCCAAAGAAAUGGCUCUAAAUGUUAUGGGAUGAGCCAUAUUCUCUCUCUCUGUAAAAUGUAUGGUCCAAAGUUUGACACAACAAGCUGCCAACAAGCUGAGGUUGGCUUUUCAAUAUGGCUUCUCUAAUGUUUUAUAUACUCAAAAGGAUAUAGGGGCAUGUUUACUAAGAUUGGAGAUAAAUACCUCCGGUGAUGUUGCCCAUAGCAACCAAUCAGCAAUAAGAUUUGAACAGUCACCUACAAGUUAGAAAUCAAAGCAAAGACCUAAUUGGUUGCUACAGGCAACAUCACCGGUGAUAUUUAUCUCCAUUCUUAGUAAACAUACCCUAUAGUCCUGAAUCCAGCCUGGGCCGUGUGUUUCAAGACAUCAUCAAUAUAGGAACCUACCUUUAAUGAUCUGAAGGUACACGGCCUUAGUAUUUGGUAGGAACCAAGUGUCAUGGUGUUAAACACCAGAGAGGUUUUGAUUCCAACCAGAGAGGCUUAUGAUUCCAACCAGAGAGGCUUAUGAUUCCAACCAGAGAGGCUUAUGAUUCCAACCAGAGAGGCUUAUGAUUCCAACCAGAGAGGCUUAUGAUUCCAACCAGAGAGGCUUAUGAUUCCAACCAGAGAGGCUUAUGAUUCCGAGCAACGGGCAACCCUGUGAAAGAAACAAUCAUAAUUACUGGAAGACAAUUCAAGGUCCCACUGGCAAUGAAUGGGUUCAAUCCUGGUUACUUUUCCUCUUCGUUGCCAGAGAGGGGCUGGUAGACCCCCAUUGUUGGAAAACCUGUACAAAAAUAAAAAAAAAAAUCUGGAAAUAUUUCUUAUUUAAUUUAAUUUAAUUUAUGUUGAUUCAAGCAGUGUUAGGACAGCCGCCGUGCAUUUUAAUAUAUAUAAAUAUAGUACCCAUAUAUAAAUGAAACUUGAAUGUUUAAACUUUGUUAUUUGUGCUAAUUAACCAAAGUCUUUUUUGCCUGUACACAUUUUAAAACAUGUACAUUUUAUACCAAAGUUUUCUCGGAUACCUCAUCUUGUGAUUUGUCCGUGGUGAUGUUAUGCAAAAAGAAAAAAAACGGAAAAAAAAAAACAAAUAAAUGUCCUUUAUUUAAAGAUCAA